GGGUCCCAUCAGCCGGGAGACAACAGAAAGAAGCAGCCUAAGUUGAUUUCCAAAGUCAUCGUCAAUAAGCACGGCCUCAUCUUGGUCGCGAAUCCGAAGAAAAGCGCGGAGAGGCUUAAAGCUGUACUGAAGGAAAUCUCGCGUAUGAAUCGAACCCCGCUCGCCGUACUUGUCCAGGAGCCCCCACUCCAUUUCGCAUUCGAGCCCAUUCCAGACUAUGACCGGUGGUUUUUCUGUCAAGGUGGACCACUCACCCAAGACGAUGCGCCUGUCAAGCCGAUCAAGGGCGUCUAUCAGUCUGCAGAGGAGCCGGCGGAAAAGAGAAAACUCGGGGGGGUCGCUUUUCUGAUACAUCGAUCCUUCACAUCAUGGCGUAUCGACCAUGCCAUAGGCACGAACGAGGGCAAACGGGCAACUUUACACCUGCAGCUGUCUUCGGGGGAAUCCCUACAUGUCCACAACAUUUACAAUCGGGACCCUAAGACCAACUUGCAAAUAUGCAUGGUCGGAAAUGGAUAAGGCGUACGCCAAACGGGUGGCGAUAAAUGAGAUGCUAUCCGAAUUUGGCCCUCCAGAAGAGGUCACAGCCUGCGAAGGUCUCGAAGACGGCGAAGAUCGCCUGAGAAGGAUGGGUGACUGUUUGGUGCGGGUUCUUGACGGCGCGGUUCCGGUCGAAGCAAGAUAUGAGAGACCAAAGAGGAAGUCUCGGAAACCCAACAAAGUCGACAUGCACGGAAAACAGUGCCCGCGUAGGACCCAGCCAGUCGGAACGCACCACAGACCGAACAACAGUCUUCGACCAACCAAAGAGGACGCGGGUGACGAGGCCAGACACAAACCACAUGCCGUUGCCCUGGCCAUCAAAAAGGCGCGGUGGCGCUUGCAACCAAAGCCAACCAUUCGCACUCAGCAGUUCAAAGCUGCUGACGGCAAGGUAGCCGAGUCGCUCGAGGAAAAGACGGACAUGUUGUGCGACGCAGUCUGGAAAGGCGGCUGGAGAGCCUGUGGAUCCGAGUCGGAAUACACUGGCCCUCCGCCAGUGCCUCCACUGCCGCACAUGAGCACAGACCGGGAGGAAUACUAUGCGCAACAAGAGCUCAUCGAAGGCGAACUGAUGGAGGCCCUCAAGAAUGCGCCCAGUGGCAAGGCCGCCGGGCCUGACAACAUCGCUUACGAUCUUCUCAAAGCCGCCAGGAAAGUCAUUCACGUCUACCUGGUGCCUAUAUUCAACGCCUUCCUUCGUCAUUGCAAGCAUCCGGACCACUUCAAGAACACAAUCACGGUUGCGGUCCACAAAGCUGGUAAACCUCGAGACGCACCGGAUUCCUACCGCCCCAUCACAAUCAUUGACUGCUUGGCCAAGCUAUACGAGCGCAUCGUCUCCAAUCGUCUCACCACGCUGGUGUUCAAGCACCCGGAUCUCAUCCCAAACGCUCAAUAUGGUAGCCCGGGACAAGGUACGGGUUAUGCUGUCGAACGUGCAAUCAAUUUCGCUCUUUCCCAGUGGCUUAUGGGGAAGAAAGUCACCAUCUAUGGUCUCGAUCUAUCUGGAGCGUACGAUCAUGUUCUCCGAGACAAGCUACUCGAAAUUUUGGCCAGAUCAAAAGUUCCUGCAUGGCUAGUCAGGACCAUCCACUCGUUUCUGUCCAAUCGGCUUACAGACAUUCUCUUACCCGGUGAAAAUAGAGUCUCGGAAAAGACACGUGAGAUCAAUAUCGGAGCUCCACAGGGGAGCCCUCUUUCGUCCAUUCUAUUCCUUUUUUACGCAGCUGAGCUCUUGAAAGUCCCCGGAGAGGUUGUCUCCACGCCUACAACCGACGGUUCCGCAGGCCUUGGCCCUUCGAGCGAUACUGAUACGUUCGCAUAUGUCGACGACACAACUAUCAUUAUCGCUAGCAACAGCUACGCCGAGAACAACAGGAAGUUCGAGGCCAUUCACGCCAAGCUCCUCGAGAAGGGCGAUGCCCUCAAUCUCGUGUUUUCGCCGAGCAAGUACAACGUCUUCCAUUUGAUAACCCCAUACGCGCGCGACAACAAAUCUUUCAGCCGAUUCCUUCUCCCCAAAACUCCAGCUUUCAACGAGCUCAUGGCACAGCCACCUUCGGAUGAUAAAGACAAGGCGGUCCGAGCAAUUUGUCCUCAAAAUCUCAGGAUGCUCGGUGUCAGUUUGGAUGAUCGACUGUCAGGUCAUGCAAACAUACUUGCGAUCCAGAAGAAGGUCCGCGCAAAAAUGGCGCUCUUCCGCCGAACCUACACAUCCACAUGGGGUGCUACAGUUGAGCAAUGCCGUCUAUUCUACCAAUCCACUAUCCUCGGCAUCUUCACGUACUGCGCCGAAGCCUGGUUCAUCUAUUCUCCGGAAUCGGAGAAACUGACAAGAUACCGCUUAACGGUCAAAAAUCUCAACCUUCUGGAGUCCGUACAAACCGAGUGUCUGAUAAGUCUAUCGGGUGCUCGACGCGGUACCAAGGGGGACGGGUUGGCGGUACAGAUGGGUGUCCCAAACAUCCUCGACAAAUUAUACGCAGUUGCCAUGUAA